CCAAGUGUGUAUUCUGCGCAUUUUUGUAUAUACCCUUCAGCUCAUACACAACAUUCCUUGUCAAGGGCUUUUAUUACUACUACCAGUCCCGCCGAAUGAGCACCGUGGAUGCUCUGACAUGUCUGGCAUUUUCGCCUGACGGCCAGAAAAUUGCCAACGGCACUGCUCGUUCGGGGGUGACCAUCACCGACAUAUCGUCGAAGAGCAAGCAUCAACUAGAGAUGCUUGCAGAGACCCAUGCGCACGUCACUGCUGUCGCAUGGUCUCCUGACGGAGAAAAAAUUAUAAUUGCAUUACCGGACCACACGAUACGUUGCUGGAAUGCUACUUCAACACACCCUGUCGGGCCACUAUUUGGAAAGCACAAAGACCUGAUCCUCACGGCGGGUUUUCUUCCCGACUCAUCUCACGCAAUAAGCUUGUCAAGGGAUGGAGAACUACUCGUUUGGAACACAGGGACCGGGGUAGUUACUCAACAAGUAACAGUGUCAAAUACUGCUCAAACCAUGUUCGUGGCGGCUCUGUCCAUGGAUAGUAGUCUCCUUGUUACUAGCGAUACAAAGGAGGGCGUUGCAUGGGAGAUACCGAAGUGUGCCCGAAUGACACAAAUCACACUACCAGAUAUACCAUUGCUUCAAGCUGCUAUCAUUCCGUAUAGUCAUCCUCAAGUAGUGCUUGCAUUUGGCGACAGGUCUUUCUGGAUAUGGGACACGAGCACAGGGAAGCAUGACCAUGCACGCUUCGAAGGUCUUGGUGAAGAUGACAUCCCCUUUGCCAUGGCGGCUUCUCCUGAUGGCAAGCUUUUAGCGCUGGAAAUCGAUGGCGACGUCGAUCACCCCACACAUUUCUACGAUAUGAAGGGUCACGAAUUCACUACCUCCAACAUGAGAUGCACCCAUCCAUUUGCAUUUUCACCAGACGGCAAAUUUUUUGCGGCUUCGAGCGUGCCCUCGGAUUCGAAGGAUGGCUCUUAUAAGCUGAUCAUCCGUUCAGUGGAAGAGAUUAUCGGUUGCAGCCCCCUUGAUGUGAGAUCUAGGUUUAUGGCAGGACACUAAACUCAUGGUAUGCAACAGUUGCCUGCAGCCAUCACCCCGAAAGCCAAAGGAAAACAACGUUCACUGGGACUCAACCCGGGGUUCUUCGAUCAAUCGCCACAUCCUUCUGGCAGUACAAAGGGUCGCCCUAUAGGGCUUGGACCUGGAGAAUCAUCAAACUCUACUCAGCAGCAGGCCUCCUCAAGGACCACAAGUCGGGAGCGGCGUUUCCUACCUCUUCCAAAAAUAUGGAAACGGAUUCGUCAUCCUCGAUC